GGCUACCAGCCGGCAGCGGGGCUAAGCUUGCUGCGAGUGCGUGAGUGCGUGUGUGUCGUGCCGGGGCACCUAGUGAGACCAGGCUGGCGAUGUGAACACGUCUCUUUACGGACAGUCGCCGGCAACGACAUGGGCUGCGUUCAGUCCUACUUCAGAAAGGGUUCGUAUGAUGUCUACGAAGCGCACAGCGCAGGUCUGUCGCCGUCUUCGACGCAGGGCUCAGAUAAGCCGCCGCUCAUCGGCAACUCCACCGACGAGGACGCUCUGCUCGACAAAGACCUGGUCAUCGUCGACGCCAACGAGGUGAAACUCGCCCAGCAGCAGGAUGGCGAAGCUGAGAAGAAGCCGGAAGCCGAGAGGAAGAAGUCUGGAGCUAGCGACAGCGCGGCCAAGCCCGUAGCGGCAGAGAAGACAGACGAGAUCAAGUCCAAUGUGUCCAGCGCGGGAGCCAAGUCUCCGGCCAGGAGCGCCGUGCGGCCGGAGGACGUCAUCACGGCGGCCCCCGCGCCGGCGCCGGCUCCGGCGCCUGAGAAGGAGGGCGAGGGCGGCCCCAGGCACGCCAGGAGGCCCUCGUCCUCCACCUCCAACGUCAGCCUCAGCAGCGCCACCGGGGCCGCGGCUGUUCAGCCCAUAGCGUCCUUCCCGGAGACUCCCGAGCCUGCAAAAGCCGAUAAAGCGGCUGCCAGCAAAGCUCCAGAGUUCCCCGCCAAGGCCGUAACAUCCCCUACCGGCGUCGCUGCGGAAGUCAAGCGAGAGCGCCCGGCAUCCUCUGAGAAGUCUCCCGUCGGGUCACCCGUGACGGCGUCGGUCGAGGUCAAACAGGAGUCCAAACCUGCUUCACCAACUACUCCCCCAGGGGCGAAGGAGACAACGAAAACCGAUAGUCCGACUGGAGAACAGAAGCCGGUGUCUCCAGUCAGCGACAAGGAUGCAUCUACAGCACAGCAGGAAACUAAACAGGUGUCCGAAAUUCCACAGUCACCCAGUGUGAAAUCUCCAGAACUGGCUGCGGAAGUCGUAUCAGAGUCACCUGCAGUGAAAGCCGAGGAAAAACCCGAGUCACCGGCGACCGACGGAAAGAUGACUCCGUCUAAAUCUGAUACACCCUCAUCUGACGUCACUGAAGCGAAAGUAGCGAUCCCAGAAGCACCUGCAGUCGUCGAGAAAGAGGCUGCUGCUACUUCUGCAGUACCUGCACCAGAUGAGCCAACGCCUGGACCGUCUACUGCCGAAAUCAGUUCCGCAGAGCGCCCGACGUCAAUACCUGACAUUCCCUCACCGUCUCCAGAGACUGGUGAGCUGCCCACUACCAGUGCCGUCACACCGACCACCGUCCUAGUUACGCCAUCAGCGGACGGUCCCGCUUCUCCGACUGCUGGCUCACCGGAAACGGGCGAGAUUCCGACGCCGACGGUCAGCAUCACAGUAUCGCCCGCACCUGACAGGACGCCGACAUCUUCCGACGACGAGGAACCGAUCGUUAUUCCCACACGGCAGAGGGUGCGAAAAGAGCCCGCCGAAAGUCCGACGACGUCAGUGGAUCAGGAACCUCCGUCUACGGCUGCACACGACUCUGCCAAACAGGCCACUGACACGGAGAGUGUGGAUGAAGUACUUACCAGCUCCCCGAAUAGAGGGCAGAGCGAGGCUACGACCGCGUCGAUGGUGGAGAGCAGGCAAGACUCGCGCGCCGACACGCCUCAUUCGGUGCUGGCCACAGCGGGCAGCGAACUGGAGGACUCCGCUGUAGACGAAGAAGUGCUGGGCGCUGCCGCUGCUAAGAUACAGGCGGGCUUUCGAGGCUAUAAGACGCGCCAGGAAUUGAAAAAUGGCGCGACUAGCGAGUCUCAGGAAGAGAAGCGAUCUGACGAGCUUAAGGAUCAGCCUAAGGAAAAUGAGGCACCGGAAGAGCUGGAAGCUGCAGCCACCAAGAUACAGGCGACUAUCAGAGGACAUCAGACGAGACAAAAACUCAAGGAAGAAGGCAUCGUUGCAACGAAAAAUGACAGCGUCGUAAUCGAUGCCAAUGUGGAUGCUGAUAAAGGAACGAUACCGGAGUCUCUGAUUGGUGACGAAGACAAAACCGCCCUCGAAUCGGCAGCCACGACGAUUCAGGCUACUUUCAGAGGGUACCAGACGAGACAGCAGGUAAAGCAGGAGAAACUGCAAGAAGCCGCGAAGGAUGAACAAAUACCUGGCGAAGCUGUGUCUACAGAUCAGGAUACAAAAGAUCAGCAACCGGUAACUGAAGAAGUUAAUGACGCUGUCCUUUUGGACAGCGACCCCUCUGCUUUGGAAUCGGCAGCCACCACCAUUCAGGCAACUUUCAGGGGCUACAAAACGCGACAAGAACUUCAGAAAGAAGGUAAGACGGAAGCUACAGAGGAAAGUGGCAAAGCUAAGGAUGUCGUCCAAGAGAAAAUCGAAAUGGAGGAAAAGAAGCCGGAGGUUAAGGAACUGGAGGAGAAAAAAGAAACUCCAAAGCCCGAUUCCAAAGAAGAAACCGUCGAAGCCAAAGGGACUAACCUGGAAAUUGGGGGAGAGAAGACUGAAAUUGAGGCGGAGAAAGAUGUUAAGGACGUCAAAGUAGAUGACGCGUCUGUUAUCGAAUCGGCUGUUACGACAAUUCAAGCCGCGUUCAAAGGCUACCAGACGCGGCAGCAACUAAAGAAAGAGGAACUUAUCGAUGCCGCCAAGGACAUCGCCGACGAUUCAGCGGCAGCUGUCGUCACGAAGGCCGGAGACGCCGUCCGAGACGCAGAGUCGCCAGUUCUCGAGUCGGCCGCCACUACCAUCCAGGCUGCGUUCCGGGGCCAUCAUACGCGGAAGCAGUUGAAGAACAAGGGAGACGUCGAUGAUAAGGAAGAGAGCAGAGCGCAGGCGGAGGACGGAGUUAGCACCACGCAAGCGCCGGAAGUGUCCGGCGCUACGGACGAAGCGGCACUGCACGCUGCCGCGGCAUCUAUACAGGCGACGUUCAGAGGUUACAAGACGCGCCAGCAGCUCAAGAACGAGGGAGCAGGGGGAGAGCCCGGUGAAGCCACGCCGGAGCAGUCCAGCAUCGAGCAGCAGCUGGCGGAGGCGUGCCAGGAGGCUGGCGCGAGUCCGGCCGCGGCGGAUCUGGAAGCGGCGGCGACGACCAUCCAGGCCAACUUCCGCGGCUUCCGGACGCGCAAGGAGUUCCAGCAGAGCCAGGCGUCCAACUCGGAGACGGGCGAGGCAGCGGUCCAGCCGCCGCCGGCUCCGCCACAGGAGGGCGCCGCCUACCACGAGAGGGUGCUGGACGCCGCCGCCACCACCAUACAGGCCACCUUCAGGGGCUACCAGACCAGGCAGAAGGUCGCCCAGCCUGGCGACAAGCCCGAGACAGCGGCAGACGCUAAGCAGGCUGUGCCGCAGUCGGAGGCCGCCCCUGAGGAGGCGUGCGUGCCGCCGCUGGAGGACAUGCUCCAGACCGCCCCCGCCGGCGGCGCAGCGCCGCUGGAGACGGCCGCGUCGCUGUCGCGCGCCUCCACGCUGGAGGCCAGCGUGCCCCCGGUGGAAGACACCGUGGCGGCGGCUGCGGCUGCUGCGACCGCCGGCAGGGAGGCGGCACUCGGCGCCCAGCCCCCGGAGGCCAGCGUGCCGCCCCCGGAGGACGCCCUGCCGCCCCAGCCGCAGCCGCCGCUCGGCACGCAGGCGUCGCUCGCCGAGAGUCUGCACGAGGCCGCCGUGCCGCCCCUGGAAGACCUGCUGGAGAAGACCGCCCCCGCGCAGGCGCGCCCGCCCGCCUCCUUCUCCAGCCACGUCUCGCUCGCCGACAACGUGCCCGACACCGACACGGCGGACGUGCCCGACAGCGUCCAGAAACCCGCAGCGAAUGUCGCCGUCGAAACGGCCGCGGAAAACGGCGCCGAAUCCGAGAAGACGACGGGAGCGACCCCUCGGCCUCCGUCCUCUAACGGUGCAGACGAGGAGGAGGCAGGUACUUCUCGAAAGGUCGAGCCGGAAAAUUCCGCUCCUUCGGAGGAACCAGAUUCCCAGACAGGUGGCGAGAAGCUCGACGCGAAAGCCGAAAGUUCCGAAACCGAACCGAAACCGGAUGAAAUGACAGCUGCCUUAACUCCUCAGCCAACCUCCAGCGCAGUUUCUGAUUCUGCGGACAAGACUGAACCAUCCUCGUCCGACGGGACUGCUCAGGAGGCGACCACUAGAAAAGAAGCUUCGGCGAAUAUUGUGCCGUCUUUGGUCGCACAGGCAGAGAAGGAAGUUUCUAAACUCGCUAUGGCGUCAGUCGAGGCACCCGUAGCGCAGAGUGUCGUUGUAGAGCCUGAGGCAAAUUCGAAGAAGGAGCCGUCGGUAGCUGCAGAGAGCUCAGAGAAAGGUGAUGUGGGACAAGGCCAAAAUGCGUCGGAGGCUGGUAACGAGGAUGUAAAGGAGGUCGAGGAAGAAGUGAAAGAGGACAAAGCUACUCGUAAAGAGGAACUGAAAACAGAAGUGCCUGUCGUGUCAGAGCCAGAAGCCGGUAAAGCGUCGAAUGAAAUAGAGAAAGGAGGUGACGGUUCGGAGGAGGUGCACGCAGAACCGACGCCAUCCGAAGCAGUGCCAGUGGUGAAACCUCCCUCGCCGAAAGAGGCGACGGCACCGUCGAGUGCUGAACCUGCACUGGAGGAUGCGCUACAGCCGAAAGCAGCUGAGGAAGUCACCCCACUAGUGGUCGCCGAAGCAGCAACCUCGAACGUGGGCGAAAUAAGUAAGGACGAGACGGGCUCCGUGGAGAGCUUGCCGGAACCUCCGACGGCGCCCCUCUCCCCCAAGGAGAGGAGUUCUCCGCCGUCGGAGGCGGGAGAGCCGCUGUCUAGCGACGCGGCGCUGCCGUCGCCCCCCCUCAGUAGCCAGGCGUCGCUGUCGGAGAGCUUACCGGCCGCCGCCUCGGCGCCGCCGCCGCUCGCUUCUGCUGCCGCUUCCACCGCGGCCGCCGCUGCCGAAGACUCGCCGCUGACGAGCACCGCGACGCCGGAGCCGCCGUCCGAGGACGCGCUGCCGCCGCCCCCCGGCCAGGGCAGCAGCCGCUCCGACUCGGAGGCGACGCCGGUGCCGGAGGCGGCCGAGGCGGAGACGGCGUCCGUCGCCAGCGCGUCGGGCGCCCCCGCCGUCGCCGAGGACUCGCAGGCGUCGCUGCCGCCCCCGCCACCCCCGCAGGGCGCCGCUGGCGACAGCCCGCCGGACUCCACAUCGGUCGGGGCGGGCGCUGCGGACGGCGACAGCAGUCUGCCGCCGCCGCCCGACAACGACAACAACUCGCUGACUGACGUUUCCAUGGUGACGGAUACGGCGUCGGAGGCGGGAGACGCGCAGAUUCCGCGCAGUCCAGAGACCGGCGAACAGAAGAAGAGGCCUUCUCAGAUGGAGGAGCUGUCGGCGCUCCAGCGACCGCAGGAGUGCGCCGAGCUGCCGCACCAGCAGCGGGGAGCCGCGCCGCUGGAGAACUCUCCAGACGACCUCGCUGAACUGGAGGAGGAAGAAUCCGUGUCCUCGUCGUCAGUGGACAGUGCUGCCACCAAGAUCCAGGCGGGCGUGCGCGGAUUCCUGACGCGCCGCCACGUCCAGCGCAUGCGCAGCACGCAGGCACCGUCACCUGGUGCCGCCACAGCUGGUACGAUUUCGGCCGGCACGAUGGGCAUGUCACUAGACAGCGCAAUGCCGAAGGCGGCCUCGGCUGCAGCCAGCGCCGCGACGCGGUCUGCAGAAGUGCUGGAGGAGGACGGCGAGGUGUGGGACACGCUCAAGAAGGAGAUGGACGACGCCGCCUCCACCAUCCAGAGCGGAUUCCGCGGCUUCCAGGCCCGCCAGAAGCUGACGCGCGCCGAGGCGGUGCGGGCGGCGAGCAGCGGCAGCAGCGGAAGCGGGGGCGGCUCGCUGGACCAGCCCACGCUGAGCCCCGGGCCCGGCUCCGGAGAGCUGCACGACUCGCUGGUGCUGCCGCCCCCACCGCCCCCGCCGCAGGAACAGGACAAGCAGUAGGCGUCCUGCGACGGCCUCCCGCUGGAUAAUGCUGCUGCACCCGCCGUCAACACUCAGACUUUCUUUCCCGAUACGAGCACGCUGGCUUCUCUCCGCUGUCAUCUGAAACAUCUGUCGAUAACUACACGCGUCACGCUACAAUUUCACAAAUCGUCUGCUAACGCUGUGCUCUAUUUAUGAAUCGUUUGCAUCUUUACUUCACAGAUUAGCACUGACGAAAUCUUACCAAACGAAGAGGAAAGUGUUACUGUUACUGGUCUGUACCUGCUGCUGUCGCCUAGGUCCCCCAUUCACGUUGCUAUGACUCUCGCGGGAAGUCAGUUUAUACUGUUCGGCUAACUACAGUUUAGCUGAUGGUGUGGACAUCUGUCUCUUUACGUAUGGCUGGAAGGAAAUGUACAGUUAAUAUUAAUAGAAGCAAGUGUAUAGUUAGGAUGCGUUUGUUGCUGUAGAAUUACGCUACAUUCUGUCGUUGAUUUAAGCCUGAGCUAACAUAGAUGACUUCGGCCGUUUGCCCCGUCAGACGGAGACAUCGAUUGCGUAGCAUUUACCAGAAAAUGGCUGGUUAGAUUUUCUAGAAAGUAUGUCAUUCAAAAUUGCAGGAUAAAGUAGUCGAAAACUGCAUGUUUGUGUUCAGAAAUGAUUGAUUAGGUUAUUUUUCCGGCUUCUGUUUGUUUGGACAUGGUAUAAAACUUCAACAGUGCCUCUACUGGUCCAUUCAACUCCUCAUCAGAUCCGAAUCCCCUACACAACGCAGCAAUGCUUAGUGCAAACAACAGCAUUAAGUAUUCCUUUUCAGACAGUUUUUUCUCUCGUCAAAUUCCUUUUUUACGAACUGAAAGACAGACUGACACAAUCUUCCCUUACUCAUUUUACACCUAGGUCCUUUUUUUUGAAGCGGAACAAGUAAUCAGCUUUUAACGAUACAAAGAAAUAACUUAGACAACGAUCAUUGCCGUAUUACUGACGUUACCUGGCGAGUCCCUAGUUUGUUGAGAAGUAGUCCCUUUGAAUCUUUGCGGUAGCAGCAAGCAACAAGAUUGCAGCACGAAUCUCUUCGCAGGACUCUGCUGCAGUCUCUCUGGAACUCAGGGACUGAGUAUCAAUUAGUCUUGCAUUGGUUCCCUAACAAGCAAGUGACGCUAUUUCUCCUCCAGAGCAAGUGGAGGAGACAAACACUGCACAAGAUGCAGUGGCCAGCUGGAAUCUCUGUAGGUGUUUCAAGCAAAUACUGUUAUUCGUUUAGUCACCGUCGUGCUGGGAACAAUACAUUCUCCUUUUCAGUGUUGGUGCUCUAGCUUAGCUCAUCUAUUAUUGUGAAACGGGCCAAACUGCCUAUAUUGUUCACUACAAUAAUAAUAAUUAUUAUUAUAAUAAAUCGAUGUGAUGUAUCUAGAGCAAUUAAUUGAUGUUUGUUAAAUUUCAAAUGCCGUAGAUAUAGUAUUUUAACAUUUUCCGAGCGAAAACCGCGGCCGAGAACGUUACCCAGUCUCUUUGUGAAUAAUAUAUAUUUUUCAGAAAAAUUAUGACCUGCUGUACAUACUUGCUGGUUAGCUGUCAUAGGACGUAUUUAUUACGAGCCUUACUUGUAGGUGAGUGAAAGCAAAAAAGAAGCGGGUAUGUGGCAUUUUCAACUCGAGUUCAGCCUGGUAUGAGUGUCGGUCAUUAACAAGAUAGUCAGAAAUACAUUUAUUUUGGAAGUCGAACUCUUUUUUGCAUUUUCUACCACACGAGAGUACAUGGGUCUGUAUCAGAAUCUUGUAUUCCUACACUCACGCCCUACUCAAGACUUGUAACAUCGAGUGAGCCGCCUGGUUAAAAAAAAAAAAAAAAAAAAAAAAAAGGUUGAUUCUGUAGACAAAGAUGUUGGUGUAGCCUAGUUGUUUCUGAGUCUGGGAUUUUGGAAGACGACUUCGCCUCCGGCGUUGGCCAGAAUGGGAAGCAUGAAUGGAUGCAAAUACUGGAUUUGCAGUGACUGAAGAAUGAGGAUCUAGUCGAUAACAGGGCCUUAAACAACAAGUAGACUAGUAUCCUAUUUUACAGGAGUUUUGUACGUUUAUAGUGUGUAGAUAGAGUAAAGAUCAUAUUAUCACUCCGAAGUGUCUUGUAAUUUCUCAUCUCUACACCUGAAAGAUUGUGAAGAGAAGUGUAGGACUUGUUAGUAAUGUUUCACUCUUUUAUACAUAUUCCUUGUCAGUUUCUCCCUUUUGUGAAAUCAGAUGUUUGAAAAUGUUAACUGCAUGUCCUUGAAUGUGCAUAUGUUUAUUAAAUUUGUGUUUUAUUUCUAUUGUUUAUGAAUAAGUCUAUGUGUACAUCUAAAAUUUGGAAAUACAUAUUAUGUAUACAUUGGGCAUUGAAAAUAAAGACUAGUCAAUAAAUGUU